GAGGACGCUCUGCGUGGCGCAUGUUUGGGGUGUCCGUCCCAGCGGUGGUCGCCUUCGCUACAUACUGCAGAGGGGUCGAAGAGAAGGCACGGCAAUUGCGGGAUGACCGGGCAGCAGAGGUCAAAGAGCGACCAGUGCCCAGCCGCAUCAUAGAGCGAGGGGCGGCCAUGGUUAACGCAGCAAUUGCAGCACAAGGGGCGGGCAAUUGGAGGCUCGAGUGAUCCAGCUGUAGGAUAGACGUCGUUCCGCUGUCCAAGGAGCUUUUGCGGAACUGCACGUGACCGGACCAAUCACGUGGUAUGAACUCAAAACGAAGACAAACCAGUCAAACACCUGCAAGCCCAACACAGCAAAGCUUCAAGUUUGAUUCUUGUCUUUGCCUCCACCCAUCUGUGUUGUCUCCCUGUCCUUACGCCCACCCUUACAACCUCGCACCCCUCCUCCGAACAUACUCCCUAAUAUCGACAUCUUUUUCGACUUGCUAUCUCGUCCUUUACUCCGGCCCGUUGUCCUCCCUUACCCCUUCCGCUGGCUUGGUUGAUCGGUCUUUUGUCUCUGAUCUCUGGCCACUCCUGCGACUCACUUCUCUUUAAACUGUAUUACUACACAUAAUCCGACAUCAUGUCAAAUCGCCUACAGAGUGACUCUGUCAUUGAUGAUGACGAUGAGUUCUGCCCCCUUUGCAUCGAAGAGUUCGACCUUUCGGACAAGAACUUCAGACCAUGUCCUUGCGGAUACCAGAUCUGUCAGUUCUGCUACAACAACAUCAAGACCCAUAGCGAAGAGGGCCGGUGCCCGAACUGCAGACGCGUCUACGAUGAGAGCACCAUUCAAUACAAGGUGCCCGAUGCCGAUGAGUUUAAGGCGGAUUUGGCACUGAAACACCGAAAAGCGGCCGCCGCGAAAAAGAAAGAGGCAGAAAAACGGGAAAUUGAAGCUUCUAGUCGGAAGAAUCUCGCUGGUGUUCGCGUCGUUCAGAAGAACCUGGUUUAUGUGAUCGGUCUCAAUCCUACGAUACGUGACGAAAACCAACUCCUACAACUCCUGCGUACGCCCACGUAUUUUGGACAAUAUGGCGAAAUCGAGAAGAUUGUCGUCAGUAAAGCGAAGCCCGGUGGCAACCCGAACCAAGGCAUUGGUGUCUAUGUCACCUACGCCAGGAAAAGUGACGCUGCGACGUGUAUUAGUGCUGUGGAUGGUUCGUCAAAUGGUGACCGGAUACUGAGGGCUCAAUAUGGAACCACGAAGUAUUGUUCAUCCUUCUUACGAAAUGAACAGUGCCAUAACCGGAAUUGUACCUUCUUACACGAGACCGGCGAUGAUAGCGAUAGCUACAGUCGUCAAGAUCUGUCGUCGAUGAACACUCUAUCCAGCCAACAACGACCUAAUGGAGUGACAGGCAGUCCUAGUGCAACUGUCCUUCCGCAUAUCGCUCGAACAUCCGCUCAGCCAAUCGCGCAAACGUUACGACGGCAACCCAGCAAAGACGACGCCGGUCGCCCACUGGAUGGACCUGCUCUCCCGUCUUCCGCCAGCUGGGCCAACAAGGAUACCGCCAUCAAUAGAACAAGACGAGCCAGUUUAACAGGUAGCCAAGCAUCUCAGAGCCCACGAUCCGCUCUUGCAACCGUUGCCACGCCUUCCGACGAUUCAAAACGUAGCGAGAAGCCAACACCACCAACGCAACCGCAAGAACGUCUUGAAACUCCUACGCCGUCAGAUGCGCCCUCAUCGGUUCCUCCUCCUUCUACUCCUGGUCGCCCUCCGGUGGAACAGGACACGCCUUUAUUGGACAACUUGGUUAAAGCCGUCAACUCCCCGUGUUUCAAGUUCAUCUUCUCUACGGCCAGCUUAUCGCCAGACGAGGUUGCUCUUAUCGAAAACCAUCCCUCUUUCAUCGAUCCGUAUGGCGGCGUCAAGCGCCGGGCGAUGAGAGAGAAAGCCGAGCAAGAACGUGCGAAAAGAGAGCAAGAACUUCUUCAGUCAACAACCGCCGAAGACGAGGGACGUGAAAGCGGAAGUUUGCAACUUGGCGGCGAGCCUGACGACGCUAAUCCUCCAAGAGGUCGUGUUAGCCGCGAAUCCCAUGGAGCUAUUCAACCACCGUCGCAGCAAGGAACAACCACAAGCUCUGCCGUUGGCUCGCCCGUAUCUGCUGCCGGCCAUCAGUUCCAAGGAAUCAACCUGAACACACGCAGUUUGACUCCUCUGCAACAACAGCAGCUGAUGUUGCUCAGAUCGGCGGGGAAUCAGCAAGCUAAUCAGCAAGCUGGUCUUGCCGACCCAGUGCAGACUGGACUCAGCUCUGCUACCCCUGAACAAGCCAUACAAGCCCGACAGGGUCUUCUGCAGAGCCAGGCUGCCCAGCUUAAUGCCCUCCAGGCGCAGAACCGCCAGAACUCCCGCUUCUCGUUCAAUGAUGUUGGUGCCAAGAAUUUGCCUAAUUCCCGACUCAUCAACCAGCAAAUGUCUUCUUUGAUGCAAUCCGGGUCGCUCAACCCGCUUGCCGCACCCAGUCCACAACAUACACUUGGUAACAACUUCUACACCAGCGGCAUCCAAGGCCCACCUCCUGGUUUGAAGACAGCAGGAACCCCACCAAUUAGUGGAGGUGGAAUGUUUUCUCAAGGUCAUGGAUUCACAAGCAAUGCUGGUCUUGGGGGCCUGAGUGGCAAGCAGGAAGCCAAUCCGGAGCUAAUGCGCGAGCUGCUGCGCAGCCGCAGUGGUACAAAUGCGAAUGGGUUACAGGGACAAGAUAAGCUUGACGAAGAUUUCCCCCCUCUCGGCGCGACCACAAAAGACAAACGCUCGGUGGAUAGUUUCGGAGCUCUCAUGCGGUCGCAGUUGAUGAGCGACUCUCAUCCCUUGGGACGCUCCGGGACACCAUCCCUUCCUCCCGGCCUACCUCUUCCCCAAGGGCAUGCUGGCUCUGGGUUGUUCCAAGGCGGGCUGAAAUCUCCGAGUCCAGAUUCAUCGAUCACUGGUCCACCUCCUGGAUUUGAUGUCCCAUCUCCUUCAGUGACUGAAGCUCAAAGCCCCAAGGAUGAUGCACCUGAACCGGAGCCAAAGGAAGUAUCGCAAACUAAACCUUCCAGAACCAAGAAUGCCGCUGAGAUUUCCUUGGGUUCCCCUGUGGCAAAGGCAGCCACUAGGGUUCGUGCCGCGCCGAAAGAGGAACCAAGUCCCGCCCCGGAGAAGAAAAGUGGUCAGGCAAAAGCUGAACCCAAGGCCUCAGGCUCGACAAAAUCGAAGCCCAUGAAGUUAGAUUUGAGUUUCAACGUUUCGCCGAGCGUCUCCCCGCUCCCGGAGCUUCCUUCGAAACCAGAGCCCUCAGCCCACGUGCCGUCUGCUCACGCUUCCGUCCCGGCUACUGCCGUAGACUCCCGGCCGAAUACACCCAUGACUGGAAUGUCACGCGCGUCAGACUCACCAGCACCUCGCCAGCCACGCGUGCUUCGUGUUGUGGAUACACCGAAGGCUGAAACUCCGCCCCCUGUAUCAGCCACCCAGUCAAUUGCAUCUUUCCCAAUCAACAAGGUCCGCUCCAGACUUCCCAGCAUCUCCUCCCAAAGCCGCCCUGAUACACCCGGCGAUUUUGGAUCCGAAGCGGACCUCUAUACUUCCACAUCAGCUUCUCGCGCCAACUCGCCUCCCGCGUCGUCAAGAAUCGGUUCUGCACCAGUUCGCUCCAUUACCAAGAGCCAGUUGAAGAAAGAAAGAAAACAGAAAGCCAAGGAAGCCGAAGCCAAGAAGCAGGAGGUUGCAUCUGUGUCUGAAGAACCUAUCCAGGCCCCUAUUAUUGGUCGCAAGCGCAAGACGAAGAAGGCUCCUGCUGAGGCGCCUAACCCGGAUUCGGAGAGUGCUGGUACCAGCAUACCUCCAGUUACCGUGAGCAAUGAAGAGAGUGAAAAGGCUGAACCAGUGAAGAAGCCAAAGCCGUCCGAGCCGGCUCCUGCCCCAGAAGCAAAGCCCCCUACACCCUCUGAGCGCAAGGCGCCUGUCGAACAGAAACAGCCCGAGCCGUGGCGAUCCAAGAACACUGUCGAGCAGCUACUGAAGGAUGCAGAAUCUACGGGGGUCUCGCUCAAAGAACUCUUUGCUGAACGCACUUCCCCUCUGCAGGUGUUGCUCUCUCAGCUCCACAGGUCAGGCGCCCUGGAUCUCAACCACCACCCUCUCUUCAACCCCUCCAACCUCAGCCAGCGCUUUGACAUGAAAUGCACUUCGGACGACUACGAAGAGCUCAAGCAACCGAUCGAACUGACGGAGCAACACCGCAAGGCCCUGCUACGCGGAGAGCCCAUCCGAUUCGCCUCUGAAACCAACUCGCUCAAGGAUCGAUGCCUGAUCAGCCCUCGCGGUUGUAUCCUGCACCAUCUGUCCCCUGAAGAGGAAGACCGCUACCUCGCUCUCGAGAAAAGCAUUUCAUGGGCUAUUGACGCCUUCCAAGAAUACCCCUCUAUUCCCAUCACAGAACCCGACGCAACAAACCGCGGCGGCGGCCUCGACGCCCUCUUCGCUACGCCCGAGAACUUCAACGUCUGCUGGGUCGACGAGACCUCCGCUGGCGCCCUCUCCGCCUCAUCUCCCACAUCCGCCCUCUCACCCACCGAGGCCGCACUGGCCUCCGCCCCACCAAACGUCCUCUCCGCCAUGGAAGCAGACAGUACCCGCAGCCACAACUGGGCAAUCGCCAACACGGCGGAAAUCAUGAAUGCGACCGCCACCUCGGUGCGCUCGUUUGCUGCCGCGACUGCGAAGCACAUGCUUGGCGCUGCGGGCGUCGUGAUGGGCAGCAUGCCGGACCUUGAUGACGUCGUGGGCAUGACGGAUGAAGAGCUGCGCACGUUUGCAGUCAAGUCACAGAAGGAACUCGAGGCGUCGCGCAAGGAGCUUGAUGCGAUCGAUAAGAAGCUGAGUGCCCUGGUCAAGCGGAACAAGAAGCUCGCGCAGCAGGCACUGGCAGUUUAGGCACUGGCAAUUUCCUAUGCGUCUUGCCUGAGACAAUCGUGUAUCCGACGAUUUACUACUGUACUUUUAUGAAUAUUAGCGCGUCUGUCUGAUGUACACUACGUUAUGAAGAUAUUUAUCAGCGCACCAUUGAAUGAAUUAUCACUCACCACUGUGCCUUCCUAUACUAUGUCGCGCCAUUGCGCCUUCCCUAUUAGGCCGAUAGUUUCCACAAACCUAGAAGGAAAGUGCGAUCGUAAUCGCUCCUGCCCUUUCG